GCGAAGUACUCUCGUUUGUUCCUGACUACCGCUUGCAAGGAGAGACUGCGCCUUUUACAAUCUGCGAUGAAAGAAGUGAGCGACAAGUCUGAGGUCAUGAGCGAUGUCGUCGACCGACUGUUGCAUUGGUCAUCGCCAGCCAUCCGGUCAGAGUUUGGGGAUGGUGUGGCGUCGAGGAUCGAGAGAACACUACCGGUCGGCAGUCGUGCAGAUGUGUUUCGUCUCGGAGCAGGAGGGGAUAAUUUGACAGCGGACGCUGAGGAUGAUGGCGAGCGUGAGGGUGAAGGGAGCGGUGAAGGCAAUUGCGGGUCAUUUUGUGGGUCGGAUGAUUCACUACCGCGUCCAGGAGAUGAGGGCGGCGACUUUGUCACUCUGCACAAUGAUGUCAUGAUGAUCGCUGACCAUUGGGUCGGGGACCACUCCAGGUGCGUUGCGGACAAAGAGCUUUUAUGCUCAAAGGCGGGUGGCCCAUCUCGGUUGCCUCUGUACACGCACGACGACCCCRUGUAUGACAUCAUUCACCAGACGUUGGGCAGGCAUUGCAGCACGACCGUUUGUUCGUACUACACGGAGUUCCGUCACACGUCGACGAUUGAGACGUUCCAGGGCACAAUCAUCAUUUACGCAAAGAAGGCCUUGCACUUCGAGAAGUCGUAUGAGUCGCGUUUGGCGAUUGCAGUCAUUGGAUGGAACAGUCAUGCAUGGCAGGAUCCCUUGGAGUAUCGUGUCCGCAGGCCUUCUGGGACUUCGAUUCGUCCAAGGCCGAGCCACUACCGUCACAAUCGGCCACUUACCGAUUCGUGGAUGGAUCGGGUGUCCACGUUCAUCUUCGGUUCAAAAUGCGUUUCAGAUUGGGCUCGACGCCUUCUCGAGUACGACGACUGUGAUAUGUCGGGCGAGGUCCGGUCAUCGACACCUCCUCUGCCUCGCGAUUUUUUUUGCAGAGGCGAGGAUACCAUUGCCCGUGACGAGGACGAGGUUGCUUCAGGUGCGGAUCCUGACGUUGUGGGGGAUGACGAUGUCUUCAUCAUUGGCGACGGGGAUGGGUUGCCUGUACCGGCGGAUGCCGUGUCCGAUCGAUCAUGCGAUUCUCUAUCGGAUGCAGAUGAUGUCGAGUUGUUCGAUGACUGACAUUAUGUUAUGUCGUAGUAUCUUGUACAUGCGUCUUUUUUGUCUGUUGGCUUUUUAGUUU